UCAACCUGCCCCAAGAUGCUAAUAGUCAAACCGGUACCUACCACCAAGACCCACCUGCCUCGCUCCCUUCCAUCUAAUACCCACCCCACCCUCCCUUCCUCCUUCCAUUUCUCCUCUCUCACCAGCAGUAGAAGGCAGGCAACUUUACUAGUUGGGUUUCUGCAGGUUUCUUCCGCAUCGCUCCUGAUUCCUCUCUAAUCUGUUUGGCGCUUCCAGUUCAUUUUAGCGCUUCAAAUGGCUCAAGAGCCUUUGAACGAGGUUGUUCUUGGAGAAGAGAGAAACCAUGCGAGGUUGAUCACCUUGAACCGGCCUCGCCAAUUGAAUGUCAUCUCGUCGGAAGUGGUUUAUCUACUGGCUCAGUUUCUAGAAAAAUGGGAAAAGGAUGAUGAUGCAAAGUUGGUUAUAUUCAAGGGUGCCGGGCGAGCUUUUUGUGCUGGUGGGGAUCUAAAGAUGUUCUAUGAAGGGAGAUCAGAUGAUUCCUGUCUUGAAGUUGUGUAUAGAAUGUACUGGCUUUGCUAUCACAUACACACAUAUAAGAAAACCAUGGUAGCCCUUGUUCAUGGAAUUGUCAUGGGUGGAGGUGGAGCUAUGGUCGUCCCUUUGAAAUUUUCUGUUGUCACAGAGAAAACCGUCUUUGCUGUGCCCGAAGCAAGUAUUGGACUUCAUACUGACUGCAGCUUCUCCUACAUUCUUUCACGGCUUCCUGGAUAUUUGGGGGAAUACUUGGCUUUAACUGGUGCAAGGCUAAGUGGAAAGGAAAUGGUUGCUGCUGGUCUUGCAACCCAUUUUGUCCCAUCUGAGAAACUGCAAGAGCUUGAAAAACGUUUACUGAGCUUAGAUUCAGGUGAUGAGAAUAAAGUCAGAUUAGUAAUUGAAGAAUUCUCUGCUGUCCAGCCUGAUGAAGAAAGUGUUUUAAACAAGCUUUCAACAAUCAAUAAGUGCUUCUGUGGGGACUCUGUGGAGGAGAUCAUUAAAUCAUUUGGAUCUGAAGCAGCCAUAGAAGGAAAUGAAUGGAUAGCUGCAGUGCUCAAAGGGCUAAAAAGAUCAUCUCCCACAGGGUUGAAGAUAACAUUAAGAUCGAUUCGAGAAGGAAGGAAGCAAACACUGCCUGAGUGUCUGAAGAAAGAGUUCAGACUUACCAUGAAUUUGCUAAGAUCAGUGAUCUCUGGUGAUAUAUAUGAGGGCAUCCGAGCUCUUAGCAUUGAUAAAGACAAUGCUCCCAAGUGGAAUCCAUCAACCCUUGAAGAAGUGACCAAUGAGAAAGUUGACCUCAUUUUUGAACCAUUUAGUGCUGAAUUGGAACUCAACAUUCCAGCUGAGGAAUCAUGCAGAUGGGAUGGCAAGUAUGAAAACUCAGUCUAUCCAAUCCUGAAAGGAAAGAAUUGAACCAGAAUAACCAGCUUCCUGUUGUUGGCUUGGUUUUCUUUGAUUACCACGAGUGAUGUACUCAACUAAAUAAAAGUGUGUUGCAGCAUAUGAGCUGGUUCUUGAGUUUUGUUUAUCUCGAACUAAUGUUGUAUUAUUACAUAUAAUAUUUAAUCAAGGUGAUAUGCCGGCCUCCAGAAAGGCUGCCGGUGCCAUGCUUAUGCAGUUACACAGUAACGCCUGGUUAUGAUGGA